CAAAUUUGAAAAAGGUUCAAUAAAAUUCCACCCAAACCCUGCAAAACCCUCGAAUUUGCCAAAGAAUGAGCAAAAGGAAAGCCCCAAGUAGUGAAUCGAACCCAAAUCAUGAUUUUUGUGAGUUUUUAACAGAGUUAGCAGAGUAUGAGAAAAACAUAAACAGAAACAUCCACAAAUACAAUGCUUACCGAAAAGCAGCUGCAACACUUGCUGCGCACCCUACCAGAGUUAAGUCGGGGGCUGAAGCUAAAAAAUUGCCUGGUGUUGGAGAUAAAAUUUCUAAAAAAAUUGAUGAAUUUUUACAAACUGGGAAACUACAAAAACUUGAAAAAAUCCACAACGAUGACACUAGUCAAGCAAUUAAUUUGCUAGCUAGAGUCACAGGCAUUGGUCCAGCAAAAGCUCAAAAAUUAGUCCAGGAAGGUAUAACCACUUUGGAAGAUUUAAGGAAACACCAGGACAAACUAACCCAUCAUCAAAUUAUUGGGCUUAAGUAUUUUGAUGAUUUUGAAAAGAAAAUCCCUAGAAAAGAGAUUGAGAACAUCGAAAAAAUUAUCAGGCAAGAGAUCAAAGAUUUAGAUUCAAAAUAUGAAGUCACUAUUUGUGGAAGCUAUAGGAGAGGCAAGAAAGAGAGUGGAGAUAUAGACACCUUAGUCACACAUCCCGACUAUACAAGCCAGGAAAUUAAAAAGGGAAAUAAAGAUUUGAUACUGAAACAUAUUGUGGAAAAAUUGGAAAAUUGUGGUUUGGUUACUGAGACAUUAUCUUUGGGCGAUACCAAAUUUAUGGGCGCUUGUCGAUUAAAUUCUGACCUACCAACGAGAAGAUUAGACAUAAGAUUUCAACCAUAUGACCAAUACUAUUGUAGUAUUUUAUAUUUCACCGGAUCAGAUAUGUUUAAUAAGAGGAUGAGAGCACAUGCUUUGGAGCAAGGAUUUACUUUGAACGAGUAUAUGCUCAGGCCAGUAGGAAGUACAGGAGUUCCUGGUGAGGCCGUGGAGAUAAGUUCUGAGGAAGACAUAUUUGAUUUUAUUGAUUUUCCUUAUAAGAAACCUGAAGACAGAAAUGAAUAAUAUAUGAUACAAAGUAUAAGAUUAAUAUUGGUAUUCUGUAUAGUUAAAUUAUUGUUAAUAUAGAGUUGUCGAUUGUCCAGAA